AAAAAACCCGGCAGCGGAUCCCCACCAUCCACGAUCUCGUUUCAGACUCGGCGAUGUGAUGUGACCACACCACACCGGUAGAGGGCAGUAGCUGAAAAAACGGCAUCUUCCACGCUUUCAGCGGCAAGGAAGUUGCAGGGCGUCGUGGAGUGGGAAACUUGCUGGAAGGUCAACGCUGACCACGAAGAGCAGUCUAAGAUAGCGAGCUUGCUAACGCUAACUCCACUAGACAAGGGAAAGUGUCUAGUUACACGAAAACGAAAGCAAACUCUAAACGUCUUAUUUGUCAGAUAGAUAAAUGUGUGAUGAUGGUACUCAAAGAAAUUCCAACAGAAAAUAUCACGCGUCCAUUGGGUCGCAGUGAAGUGAUUGGAUUACUCUUCCGCCUGACCAUAUUCGGUGCUGUCACCUACUUCACGAUAAAGUGGAUGGUGGAUGCUAUCGAUCCCACAAGAAAACAAAAAGUUGAAGCCCAGAAGCAGGCAGAGAAGCUCAUGCGUCAGAUCGGCUUGAAGAACGUGAAGCUCUCUGAAUACGAGAUGAGCAUAGCAGCCCAUCUGGUGGACCCAUUAACUAUGCAGAUUAAGUGGGGUGACAUAGCUGGACUAGAUGAUGUCAUAACUGAGCUUAAAGACACAGUCAUUCUUCCCGUUAAGAAAAGGCAUCUGUUUGAAGGCUCACGACUGCUUCAGCCUCCCAAAGGAGUGCUCCUCUACGGUCCGCCUGGCUGUGGGAAAACUCUGAUAGCCAAGGCCACGGCCAGAGAGGCCGGCUUCCGCUUCAUCAACCUGCAGCCCUCCACCCUGACCGAUAAGUGGUAUGGUGAGUCCCAGAAGCUGGCUGCAGCCGUCUUCUCCCUGGCCAUCAAGCUUCAGCCCUCCAUCAUCUUCAUCGAUGAGAUCGACUCUUUCCUAAGAAGCCGCUCCAGCUCAGAUCACGAGGCCACUGCCAUGAUGAAGGCUCAGUUCAUGAGCUUGUGGGAUGGGCUGGACACAGACAUCGGCUGCCAGGUGAUAAUUAUGGGUGCCACCAACCGCCCUCAGGACUUGGACUCUGCAAUACUGCGCAGAAUGCCUACAAGGUUCCAUAUUAAUCAGCCUAAUAUCAAGCAAAGAGAAGAAAUAUUGAAGCUUAUCUUAGAAAAUGAAAAUGUGGAGUCGGUGGACCUUUGUGAAACUGCGAAAAAGACCGAAGGCUUCUCCGGAAGUGACCUCAAAGAGAUGUGUCGGGACGCAGCCCUACUCUGUGUACGGGACUUUGUGCACAACACGGGUGCUGAUGGAAGUCCACAGGCUGACUACAUUCGACCCAUCCAGCAGCAAGACCUCCAGAGGGCUAUUGACAAGAUGAAAAGGUCAAAAACGGUGCCAAACAUGCUCAUGCAUCCAGCACUGGACUGAGUCUAAUACUCCUGAACAAGGUGAAUUAGUACCCUAAAAAUUUUUUUUUUUUUUUUUUUUUUUUUUUUUUUUAUUACUUUCUUCCUUUUGUCUUUUUUAACACAUCAGUACAAAAACUGGUUCUACAAGGAGAUGCCCCAGUUAUGUGUGCUUUGAAACUGAAUGUGUGAUCACUUCCUCUGAGCUCCUUUUGUGUAAACACUUUAACACUUCCUGGCAUUUAGGCAUUCAGUUCCCCAAGUAUUUGUUACUCCACAAAAUGUCUCGAGUUAUGUGAGAGAUGAUGUUUUAAAAGCAUAUGGAACCCUGACAAGUAAUACGUAUACCAUUAGUUUCUUGUGCUAUAAUUGAAUUUAAAGUAGUAUUUGAAACAUAUCAGGUAAUGUAUAAGUUCCUUUUAUAUUGAAAGGUUCGAUUUCAGUGCAUCCCUGGUUUGGGUUUUUGCUAUUAAAAGGGACUGUACAACCUCUCAUCAUGAACAUACUGAAAUAUGUUUACAGGUACACUGCUUUUUACACCAAAAUAUCAAGUAUGUGUAUAAAUUAGUGUUAUCCAGAGAACUGAGAGCUGUUGUGAUGUGUAAUGUGGUAUUUACUGUAUAUUUAUUUGAAACGGCAAUAAAUAGGGAUAUCAUUAA